AUGAAAAUUAUAUUAGCUAUUUUAUUAGUGGCAGCGGUUACAGCUGCUCCAGACGAGGACAUAAUCGGUUUUCCUGACGGUUUUCCGAGAGUUGUCGGCGGCCACACCGCGGAUCCAUAUCAAUUCCCGUGGCAAGUGUCCUUGCAGAUGUUUGGCAGCCACUUUUGCGGUGGGAUCAUAUACAAUUCCAAAUGGGUGAUAACCGCAGGACAUUGCAUCAUGGGUAUAAAUGGAUUUGAGGCGGUAGCAGGAAAACAUGAUCUGUCCAAGACCGAGUCGACUGAACAACGUUCUGCCUUCAAGAGAACUUUUGUGCACAAAUCGUACGGAGGUAGCGUCGGUCCUUAUGAUAUUGCAGUGAUUGAAGUGGAUCCACCAUUUAAAUUCAAUGAAGCCGUGCAGGCUGUAAACUUACCUUUAAAAGAUGAACCUCAUUCAGGGCAGGUGACUUUAUCCGGUUGGGGAUCUACCUCGACCACUAUUUUUCCCACAUAUCCAAAUCUUUUGCAGGCCGUGAACAAACCAAUUGUGUCUUACGCCGAGUGCGAAAAGGUUUUGGGAGGCCCCGGAGCAUCUCCGCUUCAUCCCUUGAAUAUUUGCACCGGACCCUUAACCGGCGGAGUCAGUGCAUGCUCCGGAGACUCCGGCGGACCCCUGGUGCAAUACAACGGAAAUGAGACUACUCUGUUGGGUAUUGUGUCCUGGGGUUACAUCCCGUGCGGAUCUUUGAACAAACCGUCAGUUUAUACUAGAGUUUCUGGGUACUUGAACUGGAUUAAGGAGAACACUAAAUAA